GCGGCCGCCGCGGCAUUCGCUUCCCUAUUCCCUUUCCCAGAUUCUCUUCCGCUUUCUCUGGCCACCCAAAUAGCUUUGGAACCAUAGAAUGCGCCGCAGCGGCCUCGCCGGCCGGCAACUCGAGUGGAAACCCAAUUAGUGAUGCCGCCGCCGACGACACUACGAUUCUUCGGACUCUUUCUUCCUCCCAGAAGGAGCAAAUAUCUGUUUUCGUCAACGCACUCCUUGAAUGGAACGAGAGAAUGAAUCUGACGUCGGAGAGGCAGGAGAGCGAGGUGAUGAAGAGGCACGUGGAGGACUCCCUCGCCCUUCUUCAUCCCUUGCGUCGGUCGUACCUCUCCAUGUGCUGCUCCUACUCUACCCCUUCAUGUGAUGGGCUCAAAUUAGUGGAUGUUGGCUCCGGCUCCGGCCUUCCGGGUUUAAUUCUCGCAAUUGCUUGUCCCA